UUCGAUAAGAUUGCCAUGGGAUGACAUGAAAACCCUCUAUGGCAUAACGAAACGAUGGAUUGAAACACAUUGCAAUUUAAUUGUUAAAGUCUUUUUCCUCUCUCCAUACUGUGACCUUUCGUCACAAAGGAAACACGAAGCACGCGUUACACCCCUUGACAUGUCAUUUGCUUGGCAGAAAUUUAGGUUUCCUUGUGAAAUGCGAAUGCUGCGGUACGUCAUAGUCAUGUGGGGAUCUGUAAGCUUGCCAUAGUGUGGGCGAUUAGGUCCGACGAAGCUAAUGCUAACUGUUAC